UCUAAUGGUCUGCUCGCUUUUAAGCAAACCAUUAAUGAAUGACGCAGAGCCCGAAUUACACUCGUCAAGCCACUUUUUGGAAUCAGUAUAUUUUUUACUGUGGUUGACUUUCGACUGUACAAUAACUUGCUAUCGGAAAUGCUUUGAAUUUAUUGAGCAUAAAAGUCAAAAGUCAAAAACAAACAAUAUAUAUUUAUCAAAUUUUGGCAUUCCGAGUUUAAAAUUUAAUCGCCAACAAAUUUCUAAAUUUUAAACAACAUUUAAAAUUUUUUCCCGAUCAUAAUAAAAUCAAAGCAGAAAAGUGAAAAUAAAUUAUACAGAUUUCAUAUUGUAGAUAUUAUGAAGCAUCAGAAAGCGCAGAGACAAAUGAAACAAUGUUUAGAUCUGGUCAAACUAAUAAAGAACAGGCCCAGGCCGCAGCCAUACUAUUGUCGCCGGAGCAGCCACGCUGGACGAAGCCGCAGAAAUGAAAGCAAUUGCUUAUUCUAUAACGCGAAAAGAAACUUUCAUCGCUCGUGCAUUUUCAACUGUCAUAAUGCACAUCCUCAAGCACUUGAAUCCAGUCAUUCGUCGUUUCACAUAACGAACCAUGACUCUCGAAUUAACAGUGAUUUCAGUAGUGCUGAAGAAAUCAGCCGAAAAAGCAGUGUACAUUCGAAAUCUGAAGUAGAAUUAUUUAAACUUGAAUCGCAAGUAACGGUGCUGUCAAAUGGAUUAGUCAAUGAACUAAGCAAACAUUCAAAUACAACGCUAAAUACAAGUAAAUUGCCGCAAGAAACGCAAGAAAACGCAAGCCCUUGUUGUUCGAAUAACAGAAAAUCCAACACUGAAGAGACUAUGAUUGAGCCCAUACCCAACGAUGGGGUGUCUAUUGCCGAGUCUGUAGCGAACUCCAACGAAGCAAUCGCAUCCGUAGUAAAUAGUGCAGAAAACACACUCAAUGCCAGUCAAUCAGCGCAAGAACACGAAGCUACAACAACUGUGGCUGAACAUACCGUUAGUAGACAAAUAUUGACCGAUGAAGAAGCGGGCGGUGACGGUCAUCACAACAACUCAGUCAUCGAAAUUGAGAUCACAUUACUGUCUGGUAAUGAUACAAAUUCGGAUGAAGAGGAUGAGGGCGACGGCGAGGGCGAGGGCGAUUUUGAGACGCCCAUGCCGGAGGAAAGUAGAGAGUGAAGGGUGUAUAAACUUUUAAACCAGUGUUCGUGAACAAAAUAUAAAUGCUGUAUACGAAUAAAUAUAAAUUUGUAAAGUUUAAA